AUGUCCAUCGGCGGAGGGUCGGUCAUUGAGCCACAUGUAGCCCACCAGCAGGGACCCGAUGACAGGAGUCCACCCUCUACAGCCCAGAAGGGUGCAAUGGCCCUGCUGGAGACCCUGACUUCAGGGGGACCAUAUUUAGCUCUUCUUGGACGAGUGUACAAUGUUAAAGAGGGCAAGCAACAUUAUGGACCAGGAGGAGGAUAUGAAUUUUUAGUCAGUAGUGAUGGAAGUAGAGCAUUUGUCAGUGGAGAUUUUACGAGAGCAGGACUUAAUGAUGAUGUCUCUGGAUUGACAAGUGCUGACUAUAUUGGUCUUGUUGACUGGGUCAAGUUUUAUGAUAAGGAUUACAAAUAUGUGGCGAUGGAUUUCGAGUCUUACAGUCACAGAGAUAGUGAAGACAAGAAGAAAAAGAUGUUCCCACCAUGUAAUUCAGAGUGGAGUGCAGACUCUGGAUCAAGAGUUUUUGUGUACUAA